CAAUUUCGAGAGUAGGCCUAAUCUACCCAGGCGAAAUAGGAAUUCGCCUGAGAGGCUUAGUAAUGCGCCCGGUAAUGUUCUAACUACGCUUCCGUAGUAGAUACGGGUUAAAGUUGAAAAUGGUAUCAGGUACCUCUUGACACGGCAGGCAUUCAUGUACAGCGAUGGAAUAUGUCGACGCCUCAGUUGGUGCUUAAACUCUUAUGAAGUGUACGUCUAACUUAUUAAUCUGUAUUGGUAAAGCGAAGAGUUACUGUAAUUCAGUUUCGAGUCACAGGAUUAACAAUAGCAACAAACGUGGGCAUGUCGGAAGAGCCUGUUUUAAAGAGGAAUUAUGUGAACAAAGGCAGUGCUCUGCUUGACUACCUCAUGGAGCACACCGCAGAAGUCGACGGAGACGCUGCUGCUCUGCUGGACACUACCGAUAGGUACUGCUACCAGGAGGGUAAUCAAAUGAUGCACAUCGGAGAUAAGAAAGGGGCCAUCGUACGCAAGCUAGUCCAAGAGUUGGCCCCGAACACGUGCCUAGAGCUGGGCACAUUCUGCGGCUACUCAGCAGUGUUACUAGCAAGUGUCUUACGCCCUGGAAGCCGGUACAUCACCGUUGAGGCUGAUAAAGAGCACGAAAAAAUUGCCCGGCAGUUCGUGAAACUAGCUGGCGCCGACGUGAGUGCAAAGAUCACAAUUGUUGGCAGGAGUUCAGAGAACGUCAUACCAAAGCUGCGAGAGGAUUUCUCCGUGGACACCUUGGAUUUUGUCUUCAUUGACCACUGGAAAAAUUUGUACACGAGGGACCUGAAACUCCUGGAGUCCCACGGCCUACUGAGGAAGGGAACCGUCAUCGUGGCAGACAAUAUCAUUUUCCCUGGGGCUCCAGAUUACCUGGAGUACGUGCAGAGCUCGGAGAAAUACCAGACGGAGCUGAUCCACUCUACAUUUGAGUAUUCUGACAGGGAAGAUGCCGUGGCAAAGUCAGUUUAUAUGGGAUAGAAAAGAAAUCACGGAGAUGGGGGUUUAUGUGUGAAUUUCAAUAGCCAGACUCCUGAGGUUAAUCAAGGUAUUUUAAUUUGUAUCACCUCUCUCACUGAUUUUGUAUAUCAUUACGUUACAUUAAUCACAAUUAUUUAUUCAUCGUGGUAAUUUGUAUGUAUUUAUGAUGUGUGCCAGUAAUAAUAAAGCCACCAAAGGUAACAAAACAUUGAAAGCAUUGCCUGAGGCAGGAAUUAACAAAACCAGAACAAACAACCGAAUACAAAAGGGAACACAUGUAUAUGUCGGAGACCGCAAAGUAGUGAAGCUAUAAUGAGUUAUUGAUUGAAUUCAUCGAACUUUAUAACUUGGGAUUAUGAAAGCACAUGUAGGCUAAAUAUUUCUGUACGAGGAAUUCUUCCACAGCGUAUUAAUAUGUAAACAAAGUUAUGACUAUCCAAUGUAAUACACCAGUUCUUCCGUCUCUCUAGCUAUCUGAACCGCUCGAUUCAAUCAGCUAGCGGCCGCAAUACCUGACAUCAUUCCCUUGGGGACAUCUGUCACUUGUUCUAUGGCAGGGAGUGGGAGCUGCGAGCGACUUACUUGAACUCUUUAUUUUACUGUAUUGGUCCUCAAUAUUGACAACGUCCUGACUGUAUAGUUCUGGAGGCUGGAAUAAAACAUAUGUAAGUUCA